GAGCCGCCAGCAACCGUGACUCUGGUCCUCGGGUCUCUCCUUAUUCUUCGCUGCGGUCGUCGUUGGAUUGCUUCUCCGCUCCGCUCCGCCAUCGUGCUUCGCGUUAGCAUCGCAGCAGCGCCAAUGGCGGAGGUCCGAGCCCGAUCUCCAGGGAAGAUCAUUAUCUCCGGCGAGCACGCCGUCGUCCACGGCUCCACCGCCGUCGCCGCCGCCGUCGACCUCCACACCCACGUGUCGAUCCGCCCCGAUUCCCCGCGGCUUCCAGGCCAUGCUGAUGGAUCGGUGUGUUUAGAGCUUAAAGAUAUGAACUUGGUUUUUUCUUGGACGCUCUCGCGAUUAAGGACGAGUCUGGGGGAUUCUUUUAGUGUUUCUUCAUCGCCGGUCUCAUGCACGGAUGAACGAAUGAAACUGAUUGCAGCCCUAGUUGAAGAACAAAGCAUUCCUGAAGCAAAGAUGUCGCUUGCUUCUGGGAUUUCAGCCUUCCUUCAUCUCUACACCUCGAUCCACGGUUACAAACCAGGAAAAGUGGUUGUCUUCUCUGAUCUUCCACUUGGCUCGGGCAUGGGUUCAUCUGCAUCAUACUGUGUUUCACUUGCAGCAGCUCUGCUUGCUUUGUCUAAUGCCAUUAUGAUCGAUAAUUCACAAGGUGGAUGGCUGAAAUUGUGCAAUGAUGAUCUUGAACUAGUGAAUAAAUGGGCAUUCGAAGGUGAAAAAAUUAUCCAUGGGAAGCCAUCUGGCAUUGAUAACACCGUGAGCACAUUCGGUAGCAUGAUUCAGUUUAAGUUGGGUGAAGUGACUCGCAUUAAAUCUAGUUCUCCCCUAAGAAUGCUCAUCACAAAUACAAAGGUUGGGAGGAACACAAAAGCACUGGUGGCCGGUGUAUCUGAAAGAACCUCGAGGCAUCAGGAUGCUAUGGCUUCUGUGUUUGCUGCAGUUGACUCUAUCAGCAAGGAACUAUCAGCCAUAAUACAGUCAGCUGUUCCUGAUGACAUUUCAAUUACUGAAAGAGAAGAGAAAAUAAAGGAACUAAUGGAAAUGAACCAGGGUUUACUGCAAUGCAUGGGGGUAAGCCAUGCUUCUAUAGAAACUGUGAUUCGGACAACACUAAAGUAUAAACUAGCAUCCAAGCUGACUGGAGCUGGUGGCGGCGGCUGUGUUUUGACUCUGCUGCCUACAUCUCUUUCUUCCUCAGUUCUAGACAAGGUCAUUGCAGAGCUCGAGUCGUGCGGGUUUCAGUGCUUGAGAGCUGAGGUUGGCGGGGAAGGUUUGGAGAUAUGCUUCAGCUAACAAUGCCGAUCCUCUUCAUAACCACCCUACUUGAAGUAAUCUAUUCUUCAGAGAGAAACUCUCAUGUUGCUAGGUAGGAUGGUUUCUUUGUGCUUUUUUUACUCGUGUCUGAUCAAUAAGAACCAUGUUUAAGUUUUUGUUACCAAGGAAAUUCAACAGUUGAUGAAAUGCAAUCCCUGAGGAGAUUUUGUCUUUCAGAUAAACUAAAGAAACAUGUCUCUAACUAAAUGAGCAUUGUUCCAAACAAUUCAGUAUGAAACUUAAUUCAAUUAGCAAUUUAUA